UUCCUUUGCUGCAAUGGAUCAGCCAAACCCAGGUGAUGAUCAAACCAACCCAGGCACCGUAACAAAGUCGUCUUCUUGGCGAAGUUUGUCUAUAUUAUCCAAGGACUCCAGUAGGAACUCUGUCGGGGAGAGAAAUUCUGUCUCUAUAGAUGGCUAUGGACGUUCAGGAUCCAAGCCUGUGCGAUAUGGGUCGACGGGUGCUGAAUCCGAGGGGUAUAGCGCGUCUCAGAAGGAGAUCAGCGACGAGGAGGCUAGGUUCAUCUACAUCAAUGAUCCGCAGAAGACAAACGAUAAAUUUGAAUUAGCAGGAAAUUCGAUCCGAACAAGCAAGUAUUCUGUCCUCUCUUUUAUACCCCGAAACUUGUUUGAACAAUUUCACAGGGUUGCCUACAUAUAUUUCCUUAUACUUGCCGUCCUCAAUCAGCUCCCUCAGCUGGCCGUGUUCGGUAGAGCAACUUCAAUCUUGCCACUGGCCUUUGUUCUUCUCGUUACGGCUGUUAAAGAUGCAUAUGAGGAUUGGAGGAGGCACCGGUCUGAUAAGAUUGAGAACAAACGUUUGGCAUCAGUUCUGGUAAAUGGGCAGUUUCAGCAAAAGAGAUGGAAGGACAUUAAGGUUGGAGAGAUCCUCAGGGUCUCCUCGAAUGAGACUAUUCCCUGUGACAUGGUAUUGCUAUCCACCAGUGAUCCCACAGGGGUUGCUUAUAUUCAGACUAUCAAUUUGGAUGGAGAAUCCAAUUUGAAGACUCGGUUUGCGAGGCAGGAGACCCUUUCCAAGAUGAUUGAGAAGGAAGGUGUACUUGGGCAGAUCAAGUGUGAACGUCCCAAUAGGAACAUAUAUGGUUUUCUGGGAAACAUGGAGAUUGAUGAGAAGCGGGUGUCCCUUGGUCCUUCCAACAUUGUUCUUCGUGGUUGUGAGAUCAAGAACACAUCUUGGGUGAUUGGUGUUGCAGUCUAUGCUGGCCGUGAAACCAAAGUGAUGCUCAACAGUUCUGGAGCUCCAUCAAAGAGGAGCCGGUUGGAGACCCAUAUGAAUAGGGAGAUCUUAUACCUCUCUGCCUUUCUUUUUUCAUUGUGCACACUGGUUUCUGUCUGUUCUGGGUUUUGGUUGCAUCGCUACAGUGAUGAGCUUGAUUACAUCCCUUUUUUCCGAAAAUUGGAGUUCUCUGAUGAAAAUGAUAAGGAUUACAAGGAAAAGAAUUACAAUUAUAAUGGAUUGGCAUUGCAGAUAUUCUUCAUAUUCCUCAUGUCAGUCAUUGUGUUCCAGAUCAUGAUCCCUAUCUCACUCUAUAUUUCAAUGGAGCUAGUUCGCCUUGGCCAGGCCUACUUUAUGAUUCGAGAUAGAAGGAUGUAUGACGAGAAAUCAAAGUCAAAGUUCCAGUGCAGGGCUUUAAAUAUGAGUGAAGAUCUAGGACAGAUAAAGUAUGUCUUCUCAGACAAAACUGGGACACUAACUGAGAACAAGAUGGAAUUUCAGUGUGCCAGCAUAGGAGGAGUAGAUUACAGCGGUGGGAGAGCUGCUCUCCCCGAGGAAAAUGGAUAUUCUGUUGAAGAGGAUGGACAGGUUUUGAGGCCAAAGAUGACGGUGAAGGCUGACCCAGAGCUCCAACGGCUUCUAAAAAGUAGCAAGAUGGAGGAAAGAAAACAUGCUCAUGAUUUCUUCCUUGCACUUGCUGCUUGCAAUACAAUUGUGCCUCUGGUUGUGGAUACCUCAGACCCUUCUCUAAAGUUAGUAGAUUAUCAGGGUGAGUCUCCCGAUGAGCAGGCAUUGGUUUAUGCUGCUGCCACAUACGGUUUCAUGCUCAUAGAACGAACCUCUGGCUACAUAGUCAUUGAUGUUCAAGGAGAAAGGCAAAGGUUUGAUGUUCUGGGUAUGCAUGAGUUUGAUAGUGAUCGGAAAAGAAUGUCAGUUAUAGUUGGUUGCCCUGACAAGACUAUGAAAGUAUUUGUGAAAGGUGCAGAUACUUCCAUGUUUAGUGCAAUUGAGAGAUCUCUAAAUUUGGGUGUGAUUGGUGCAACUAAAAAGCAUCUCCACAGCUACUCGUCAUUGGGUCUGAGAACUCUGGUUGUUGCAAUGCGGGAACUGAGCAGUCCAGAAUUUGAACAAUGGCAUUCAGACUAUGAGAAAGCGAAUACUGCAUUGAGUCGUAGAGCAAGGUUACUCCGUACUGUUGCAUGUAAUGUGGAAAAGAAUCUCCACAUAUUAGGAGCCUCUGGCAUUGAAGAUAAGCUGCAAGAAGGUGUGCCAGAAGCCAUAGAAUCACUGAGGCAAGCUGGGAUUAAAGUGUGGGUCUUGACAGGGGACAAGCAGGAAACAGCCAUAUCAAUUGGCUACUCCUGUAAGAUCCUAACUAGAGACAUGAACCAGAUCAUAAUAAACAGUAACUCUAUGCAAUCCUGUAAAAAGAGCUUAGAAGACGGAAAGGCAAUGUCCAACACUCAUACUAGAGGAGGUGUUGAACCUGGUGGAACCGCUCUUGCUUUGAUCAUUGAUGGUACUAGCCUUGUUUAUAUUCUUGACACUGAACUUGAACAACUGCUGUUCGAAUUAGCCACCAAAUGCACUGUGGUUCUCUGUUGCCGAGUGGCCCCCUUGCAAAAAGCUGGAAUAGUAGCCAUCAUAAAGAAAAGGACAGAAGACAUGACCCUUGCUAUUGGAGAUGGUGCAAAUGAUGUUUCGAUGAUCCAAAUGGCUGAUGUGGGAAUUGGCAUCAGUGGCCAGGAGGGUCGCCAAGCUGUCAUGGCAUCAGAUUUUGCAAUGGGACAGUUCAGAUUCUUACUUCCACUUUUAUUGGUCCACGGACAUUGGAAUUAUCAGCGUAUGGGCUACAUGAUAUUAUACAACUUCUAUAAAAAUGCAGUUUAUGUUCUUGUCCUGUUUUGGUAUGUGCUUUACACUGCCUUCACGUUAACCACUGCAAUCAAUGAAUGGAAUAGUGUGUUGUAUUCUAUUAUCUAUACUUCCUUGCCUACAAUUGUUGUUGGGAUUCUUGAUAAAGACUUGGGUAGGGAGACCCUGAUGAAAUAUCCUCAACUAUAUGGACCUGGCCAGAGAGAAGAGUGCUACAAUCAGAGAUUGUUCUGGCUUACAAUGAUGGAUACUGUGUGGCAAAGUGCUGCUACGUUCUAUGUUCCUUUCCUCGCUUAUAGGCACAGCACUCUGGAUGCAUCUAGCAUAGGAGAUCUAUGGAUCAUUUCAGUGGUGAUUCUAGUUAAUAUCCACUUAGCCAUGGAUGUAAUACGAUGGUCAUGGAUUACUCAUGCUGCCAUGUGGGGGACUAUACUUGCAACAUGCAUUUGUGUCAUCAUCAUCGAUGCUGUUCCUGGAUUGCCGGGUUACUGGGCCAUCUUCCUUCUCGCAAGGACUGGAGUGUUUUGGUUUUGUUUAAUUGCAAGUGUGGUAGCAGCUUUAGUUCCUCGUUUUGUUGUAAAGGUUUUUAAUCAAUUAUUAAGUCCAAGCGAUACUCAGAUUAUAAGAGAAGCUGAGAAGUUUGGGAAUACAAGGGAGUUCUUGGGAGCAGAAGUUGUAAUGAAUCCAAUACGGGAACCCUCACAGGAGAUGCCAAGGUGAAUUUGUACCUAUGCAUUUCCCCUUCUAUUCUUUUGUUAGUUUUGUAUUCUUUAGGCUGCGUCAGCUGUGCAUAGUGGUUACCAUUUACAGGGUUGCUUCUAUCCGAAGGAUAGAGUUUGUAAUAUUUUUACAUUUAUAUCUUAACAUUUAAAAUUUUU